AUGCUACCGCCCCUCCUCCACACCCUACUCACCCUCCUCCCCCUGACCAUCCCUGCCCUCGCCCACUCCCACCUCGCGCACAUCCUCAUCAACGGCCAACUCUACCACGGCUUCGACCCGCGGCCCAACCAGUCCAACUCCGCCUCCCGCGUCGGAUGGUGGACAUCCGCGACCGACGACGGCUUCGUCACGCCCGCCAACUACACGCACCCCGACAUCAUCUGCCACCGGGACGGCAGCAGCCCGUCCGCGCACGCGCCCGUGCGCGCCGGCGACCGCAUUCAUGUUCAAUGGAACGGCUGGGCCGGGCCGACGGUGGUGGCGGGGGCGACGCCCGUGCCGUAUGCGGAGCAGACGAUUAGUUUGUUCGAGGCGGAGGGGACGCCGGUGGUAGUGUUGAGGGGUACCGAGACGGCGCCCUUCAGUGGGAGGGCUUCACCGACGGCGGAGCCGAGGGCUAGGGGGAGGUAUGACCGGAGUUAG